GGGCUGAGCGCAUGCGUGGCGGCGGCUGUGGCGGCGGCGGGGCGGCGGGGAGUCACUGCCCACAGUUGCUAAGCUGCGGCGGCCGUGUCGUGAUGGUGUAGCGGGGCCUGCGGGCGGGCGGGCGAGGCGGCCGGCGCGGCCCACGCCUCCUGAGCGGCUCGGUGCAGCGGCGGCACGCUGAGGGGGCGUCGCCGCCGCUGGCCCCCGGCGCCACGGGAGGCCGCGCCCGCCAUGGCGGCCCGGGUGGUGCUGGACGAGUUCACGGCUCCAGCCGAGAAGGCGGCGCUGCUGGAGCGGAGCCGCGGUCGCAUCGAGGCUCUGUUCGGCGUGGGCCUGGCGGUGCUCGGCGUCCUCGGGGCGGAGGAGCCGCUGCCCGCGCGCAUCUGGCUGCAGCUCCGCGGCGCGCAGGAGGCGGUGCAUAGCGCCAAGGAAUAUAUCAAAGGGAUCUGUGAGCCUGAACUGGAAGAAAGAGAGUGCUACCCCAAGGCCAUGCACUGCAUUUUUGUCGGGGCACAGAGCCUAUUUUUAAAGAGCCUAAUUCAGGAUACUUGUGCUGACCUCUGCAUUUUAGACACGGGGCUUCUUGGCAUCAGAGGAAGCGCUGAGGCUGUGGUCAUGGCCAGGAGUCAUAUUCAGCAGUUUGUGAAGCUCUUUGAGAAUAAUGAGAAUCUGCCCAGCAGUCAGAAAGAGUCGGAAAUCAAACGGGAAUUCAGACAGUUUGUUGAAGCUCAUGCAGACAAUUAUACAAUGGAUUUGUUGAUUUUGCCUACUUCCUUGAAGAAAGAACUACUGAGUCUCACCCAAGGUGAAGGGAAUCUGUUUGAAACAGGAGAUGAUGAUGUCAUUAAAAUUGGAGAUGUGCAGCCAUCAGAGUUGACACAGAAUGCUGCCACAGGACCUAGUAUUGCUAGAGAUGAAAUUGUUUUACAGGAAGAUUCCAGAAAUAAAGCCAGGACCCCUGUUUCUGAGCUUACAAAGCAAAUGGACGCAGUCUUUUCUAGCUCGGCAGAUGUGCUCUUUGUUCCAGUAAAUGGUCUAAGUCCAGAUGAAGAUGCACUUUCCAAAGACAGAGUUUGUCACAAGAGGAGGUCUUCUGAUACAGAAGAAAGGCAUACCAAGAAGCAAUUUUCUUUGGAGAAUGUUCCAGAGGGAGAGCUUGUGCAUGAUGGUAAGGCUUCGGCUGGAAAUGAAGUCAUUGACCUAUCUGAUGAUGCUUCUAACUCUACAAACCUGAGCCCCGAUGGGAAAGACACUACAGAAGAAAUGGAAUACAACAUCCUUGUGAACUUCUUUAAAACCAUGGGUUAUUCCCAAGAGAUUGUUGAAAAGGUCAUUAGGGAGUAUGGGCCUUCUACAGAACCAUUAUUGCUCUUGGAGGAAAUUGAAAAAGAGAACAAAAGGCUCCAAGAGGACCGAGCACUUCCACCUAGCACCAUGUAUCCAGAUGCUGCUCAUAGUCGAAGUGCGGGUGUUGGGAGCAGCACAAAUGAGCUCACGACAGAUUCUACUCCAAAGAAAACACAGAGUCACACAGAGCAAAAUAUGGUGGAAAAGUUUUCCCAGUUACCGUUCAAAGACUCUAAACCAUGUACCUCAAAUUGCAGAAUUAAUUCUUUCAGAACAGUGCCAGUAGGACAGAAACAUGAAAUGUGGGGCUCACCCCAGAACUACGGUUGUAAUGUAGGCCUUGAGACCGACAGCCUCUCACCCUCUGUAGCCCCUUCCAGUCCUAAAGAAGUCAGCUUUAUUUCAAGGGGGCCUGCAGGUCACCAGCAGAGAAGCCCAGCUUUUCCUGAAAAUGGCUUUCAACAGCAAGCGGAACCCUCACUUCCAAAUAAUAUGAAGCCUGCCUGUGAGAAACGUUCUGCCUGUUGUAACUCUCCUCAGCCUAAGCCAAAUUAUCCCCUUUCUCCGCCGAUGCCGCUGCCCCAGCCCCAGCUGUUACCUUCAGUUACUGAUACACGGUUGGCAGGAUCCUCUGAUCAUAUUGAUUCCUCAGUUACAGGGGUUCAAAGAUUUCGAGAUACCCUGAAAAUACCAUACAAGCUGGAAUUAAAAAAUGAACCAGGGAGAGCAGAUUUGAAGCAUAUUGUUAUAGAUGGGAGUAAUGUUGCAAUUACCCAUGGUCUAAAGAAGUUCUUUAGUUGUCGUGGAAUAGCAAUUGCAGUUGAGUAUUUUUGGAAGCUUGGCAACCGAAACAUCACUGUGUUUGUCCCACAGUGGAGAACGAGGCGCGAUCCUAAUGUCACAGAACAGCACUUCUUAACCCAGCUCCAAGAGCUUGGAAUAUUAUCUUUAACUCCUGCCCGGAUGGUCUUUGGAGAAAGAAUUGCUUCUCAUGAUGACAGGUUCCUACUACACUUAGCGGACAAGACUGGGGGUAUAAUUGUAACAAAUGAUAACUUCAGAGAAUUUGUGACCGAGUCAGUGUCCUGGAGAGAAAUUAUUACAAAAAGACUGCUUCAGUACACGUUCGUGGGGGACAUAUUUAUGGUUCCUGAUGACCCCCUGGGAAGAAACGGACCUCGGCUAGAAGAAUUUCUCCGAAAGGAGGUCUUUCUUAGAGACAUGCAGCCGCUACUCAAUGUCCUCCCAAAUGUGGGCACGUUUGACCCUGGCUUCCGGAGCCCCAACACCCAGAUAGCCAACACCAGCCACCAGCCUCCAUCCCGGAACCAGGGAGCCUCUUCAGGCUCUUGGCUUUCUCAGCAGCCCCACUUCACACCCCUGGCCACCCUUCCCAGUAUACAGCAGAACCUUCCCAUGCCAGCACAGAGAUCUUCUGCAGAGACCAGCGAGCUGAGGGAGGCCCUGCUGAAGAUCUUCCCUGACUCUGAACAAAAACUGAAGAUUGACCAGAUCCUGAUGGCUCAUCCAUACAUGAAAGACCUGAACGCCCUUUCCGCCCUGGUAUUGGACUGAAGGCUGGGCUAAAAGCCCACUGCUGGUGGGGACCAGAGGGAACUGCCAACCGUGGGAAGUUCCUAAUGGGAAGACGCUGUCCCAGAGUGAACAUUGUAUGCUGGGUAGGAAAAGGAGGGAAGACAGGUGUUUUGUACAUACAAAAAUCUGGAUUUUCAAAGCCAGCUUUUUUCUAUAUAUAAAUUAUGCUGCUAUUACAGAUUUAACAUUUUCUGUAAAAGGAAAGUACAUUUUCUGCCUGUUCAGAACUGUUUAAUAGCAGUUACUCUUGAGUGUAUUUACAAUUUUAUGUUUUUUAAACUAUUUUCCUUAAAGCAGAAGAAAAAUUGACAAAUGAAUAUGGUUAGCCUUUCUAAAUAAAAUUUAAAAGAAAAAAAAAAUGGGGGGUUGCUUCCUUAAGGAAAGCAAGACCUUUUAAAGUAUAUUUUCUUGAGGUGAUCUGUCCUGUCACUCACAUGGUGUGUGUCCCCUGCCUCCUCCUUGGAGCUGACCUGCUCUGAUCUUGUGGGUCUUCUCAGCAGGUCAUUUGCCAGAGUGGAAAAGAGCCACUAGAUGGCACUUGGUGCCUGGCUGUCGUCAGUGACAAGAAAAGUCAGACUCAGAAGAGCAGGGGAGAAGUCUCCGAGUCCAUUCAGCCCUACCCUUCUUCCCCUCCACCAGACAGAGAAGGGAGCUGAAUCCCAACAUUCUCCCUGACUGGCCUAGCUCCUUAAUGCACUCACCAGCCAAGGCCGCCAUGCUCCCAGCCUGACUCCGCAGCUACCAGCCUCAGAAGGUGAGGUAGGAUUGGAGAGUCUGUUGAGGAGUCCCUUACUGUGGCCAGCAUGAGUCCACAGCCCACAAGUAUGGGAAAGACCCCCCAUGUGGAGUUUGUACAGCUUUGCCAAAAAGUUUUCUAUUCUCAAGGAUGACCUAAGCCAAUAAAUAGCAUUAGUAGUUUCAGAAGGGGUCUCAAAUGACCCCUCCCCAUUUUCCUCUUUUGUCUUUUUAGAGAUUUCUUAGCAGCUCUUCUUGAGUCUUUCAGAACCAGUUAUCUCAGUAUUGUCUCUUCUCAGUGUAGCUUGAAUUCUGUAUCUGUGAAACUUUUCCUGGUCAUCUUAGUAUUUUGACUCUCACCUGGACCUUUAAAGGGCUUUGUGUUUCCCAUCUGUGCUGUCUCCUAGGCCUCAUGGUAAGUUCUGCUGCCCUGUGGAUUGUCUUUCUCCUGGUCCCACGAGUAGUAACUGAGGACUUGGUGCUGGUUUGUUCUCUUGGUGCAGGGACUGUGUAGAUCACAGGAUGCUGUCACCAUGCGUGUGUCUUGGUUUCAUUUGAUUCCUGCAUCCCUCAGGAGAUGAACACAGAGCUUUCUAGGUGGCCACACACUUGUACUUCAGUCAUGUUCUCCUGAAUUCUUUGAUGAUGCAACCUGCUGGGAGCUGUUUCUCAUCUGUCACUUGGGGUUUGAGACCUGCAGGCUGUGCAAAUAGAAAACAAAGACUUUUGUUCAGGUCCAGGAGUAGACCCACCACAGCCCCCCACCCUGUGCCCCAGCUUCGGAGCAUAGCAAAAGUGCCAAGGUGGAGCUUUGCCCAGGGCCUCCUGAUCUCCUCAGUCCCAGUCCAGCAUUCCUGGGAACCAGGAGAACCAGGGUGCUCCACAGUUCACCCUGACCAGGAAGGAGCCUGGGCUUUCUAAGGUUCUGCAGGCAGCCUGUCUUUUGAGUUGUGGGAGCCUCUGUGUUCUUUCUUAGCAUUGUUUCUGGGAUACAUGCCCAUUUUCCCCUUUCUCCAUAUACGAGAGAAGAAAAGAUUAGAGGAAACUGAGAGGCAUUAAUUACUUUGUAGAUUAUAAUGUGAAAUGUAAUUCUCGAUUCUUUGUGAAAUUUAUCACAUUUAGGUGUAGCAUUUAAAGCCCAGUUAUCCAGCCACUGAAGGAAGCUCACAACCUGCUUCUCUGCCUCAUCCCAAGCUCUGUUGCUGCUAGGUGCUUAUAGAUGCUUAACCUCCAUCCCUCAGUGCCUCCACAGUGAAGUUUGGAGUGUCUUGGAAUUCUUCCCAGAGUGGAGUGUCUCUGCCUCCUGACAUUUGGGUGAGGUGGCCAGCACAACUUUUGGUCAUUGGUCAAAGUGUCUGAUGCUUACAGAGGUUGAAAGGAUAGGUAACUAGUGUAGCUGAUGGGCAUCCAGCCUCUGUGCACAUGCAUGUGUGUUGCCAUAGCUGUACCAGUACAGUUGUGGCAGCAUUGUUUCUGGGACUUGCUGUGAGGCAGGAUGGAGUUGUGUUUAUAUAGGCUUGUAAAUGUGGAAGGCAAGAAAGAGGACUCUGCCUUCUUGCCACUGCCUAGCCCCUCCCUGGGUAUGGGGCAACUACUGCAAACUGUGCCCUCUGCAGCAGACUCACCCAGGUCCUAGCCUGCCUCCCACAUCUCUUCUAUGCUGCCCCAUCCUCAACAUUCUGAGCCAUCUCAGCUGGGUCCAUCAGUGCACUGUUCCCCAGCAUUACCACCUCCCUGUUGCUCCCCAGGUACCUUUGAUCCUUGAAGUUAAAACCCCCUGCAUUUUGUUGCUAAUGCUUUGCUCCAACUUCCUGCUUUUUCCCUCCCCGGUGUGCAAACCUGGCAUCUAUCCACUACUGGGAGUAGCCUGGGAAAUCACUGGGUUGCUGUUUUCAUUGUUAAGGUAGUAGCUACCGAUAGUGAGGCCAUUGGCCUUAUUUCUUCUAUUUUCCUUCUAGAGGUUCUUUAUUCCUUUCUCCUCCUUGAAGGCCAAUCCUUAAUAUGGUUUCUCAACAGGUGAUUCUCAGAGUGGGCCACCCUUGGGCCUCAUAUCAGAAAGGGCAGCCCUUGCUAAAAUAAAAUGCAGGCUGUCAGGCACCACCCUGAGGUGUGGCCUCUGCUCUAGAGGGACGCCCAGAGGCUCUUCACUUCCAGUUAGUCUGGAACUACAUUUUGAGUGACUACUCUUAUUCUAGGAGCCACCACUCUUUCCUAAUACCACCAUCUACUAUGGUGACACCAGUCCUGUUACUAGCCUUGUGGGGCCUUAGUUCCCAGAAACUCAGCCCACAUUCUGUCAUCUUCUCUCAUCUAACCCCGAGAGGUCCCUUAUAUACUUCUUGGCCCUUGGAUUACUACUGCCCACCAUUUCCACCCAUGACACUGGUCCCUCAACACUAGGCCACUUUACAGCUCUCCUCUCCUAGACUCCACAGGGCUUCAAGUUCAUCUAGAAGGUCAUUUUGCAUCAUCAUUUUCUUCUUCUGUGAUCUUCUACAGCUGCAACCAGAGCAUCCAGUUCCUACCCUCUGAGCCUAGUGUCCGUGACUGUGUCCCGUGGCCGCCCUUGACUGUCCACUUUCUGUCCCCUGCCAUAAUUCUCACCCAGCCACCCAGACCUGAGCUCCCAGUGGGCCCUAUCCACGCUUACUUUUUUUUUUUUCUAGAAUGCCCCUCUGCCCUACAGCACUCUCACCUUCUCCUAGGCCCAGCCCUGAGUCGUCUUUGCGCUCUGAACAGAAGCAACCCUGUGGUGUUCUGUGACCCCACAGCACUUGGUGUCUUGCUUCUGGCUCUUGCCACUCUGGCAGGUGUAGCUGCAGCCAACUGUGUACUGUGUUGCCUCCCUCUAGACUGUGAGCUCCUCGCGGGCAGGGACCAUAUGGUCACUCUGUAUCUCUUAUGGCACCUAACAGUGCCUUGCACUUGGUAGGUGCUCAAUAAAUGUCUGUUCAAGUGAA